GAACAACUCAGGGAAGACAGCAAGUUUCAGCCCGAAAGCUAAGAAGUAAAAAGGCACGUAGCCAUUGUAAGAAGUGAUUUUUUAAAAAUCAUUUUGUGCGGCUAAACACAUCCUAUUGACGGCAAAUUGGACCGCUACCAGAGGGGAAAAAAUACCAUGUUUUACCACCGCUAGACACACUAAACACUCUCAUAGCUGGUGGGAAACGUUCAUGAUAGUGUUUGUGGUGGAGACUUGACUUCUGGCGCUCUAGGUUCAUUCUCUGCCGAGUAGCAGGUGCCGCUGAGCCCCUCCACUGUCACCAGGCGCUCACAGGCAGACACACUUUGAGCUUCCCCUCAUUGAAAGAUCAGCAUCCGCCACUGUUUCCGAGGCAAACAACAGCCAGUUAAAACUAACAACAGUGGAACAUGGCUCAUGAGGUCAGAACUAAAUCAGCUGAUAUAAGCAAAAAUACUCAUCCAGCCACUCAACGCCAUGGCUCUCAAUCAGCGGCUCAAUCAGGUCCAUCGUUAGGAUCUGAAGGGUUUCAUUUUGAUGACAGAGGGAUGCUUCUUCCACACAGCAUCUUGGGUACCUUGGAUGGCUUUAGAAAGUACCUGGAGAUGAGAGGAGAGACGGAGUUUGUUAACCAAAUUCCAAAUUCCAGAAGGGAUCUUCACUCCCAGGUUCUUGGAAAGGUUCCUAAAGAGGGAGCACAGAACCAGCGAGAUGUUCCAUUUGGCCAGAGAAACUUACAAGCAAAUGCCCUGCAGCAUUGGGAUCAAUGCAUCCGGCAGCGCAAACGGCAACAGAAUGUUUUAUCUGAACGGCUCCACAGGCCAGUUGAGAACUUACUGAUGAACCAAGAUUACUGUUUCAAAGAACUACAGGAGCAAAGAGAAAUUCUACGACGAGUCUUGCCACUCAUACAGUCAGGCUAUGGGCAUCGUGUAGGAAGUGAAUUUUGGAGUCUUCCCCAGCGGUAUGGAAAUGAUUUAAGCGGAAUCAGAGCAACUUUGACACAGACAGAGCAAGGCAAACGGAAACCUGUUACAAUUAUCGGACAACCACACAGCAUACUCCAGGAAUCUGGAAUCACUUGUGUUGAGAUGCUGCGUCAAGCGUCUCAGAUUUUGGACCCAAAUAUUGGCGUGCAGCAACGUGCACGCCAAGCGCUCAUGCGGGGCUUGGAAGUCAGCAAGAAGGAUCUGAAAAAACUGGAGGUGAUUGGCUCGAACAAGCCUGUUGUUAAAGAGAGUCAAAGUCUUUUCAUGGAAGAUGAAGAGUGUAGGAACAAGCAGUGUUCAGUGACAAAAAAUGAGGAUAUUGAUCCACUGGCACAUUAUAAUGAUGGUCAGUCGAACAUGCUCCUCAUUCCUGCCAUGAGGUUUGCUGGUCAGCUUGCUAGUUGGACUGGAAGUGCUCAUUGUCAGCAGGAAACAGUAGGAAUCAGCACAACAGUAUUAUUUGAGGCUUUUGUCGGUGAGCGAGUCACAUCUCAACUGGAGAUGAGCAACGUAGGCAGCACAGCCCUCCUCUUCAGCUGGCAGCAGCUUCCCCUGCCACAACAUUUCUCAAACCUAGAAUCCCAGUCAAACUGCCCACACUUCUAUUUCAACACUUCCUCUGAGGGUGACAGACUGUCCAUCAUUCUCCUCCAUCCAGGAACCAUCUAUCCAGGUGAAACCCAGCAAAUCAAUUUUAUUUUUAAAUCAGAUAAGCCAGGCAUCAUAACGGAGCAGUGGCAGCUGAACACGCACCCUUUGCUGCUGCAGGGGGCGUCUAUUCAGAUCACGUUGAAGGGUCUGUCCCACUUGCAGGACACAACUGCAAGACAAAGGGAAUUCAUAAAGACAAAACUGGAAGAGACUACAAGACUGGAAAUUUGCCGAAUGAUUGUGUAUCAGGCGGUGCGGGGAAUUCAGACUCCAGAGAGAUCCACCUCUCCUGCAGAGCCAUACACGUUGCAGUACCUUGACCAAACAGAGGAGGAACUAAAUAAGCUUCUGCAAGAAAUGAAUCCAGAACACAUUUGGGACAUCACUGACACAUCUCAACAGAACGCUCCUCUAAAUGACGAAAUGGGCGGUCAGCCGGCUUCGACGGAUAAGUUGGCUGAUGAUGAGCAAGUUGCCAACUGUGAUGAUGUACAAAAUAGUACAGCAGAAGAAUGACACUGGACACAUUAGCUGUAUCAAAACACUGUAAAGAGAAAUUAUUAAAAUACAUAUAAAGAUAUUUUGCAUCCCUGUUUAAAUGCAAGGUUUUUGUGACAUCCUGUAUGACUUGGACAAGUGAUAUGAAAAACUAAAUGAAUUAUUUGGAGGAGAGAAGUACCGUAAUUUUUAGACUAUAAGCCGCUACUUUUUCCCCUCAUUUUGAAUCCUGUGGCUUAUAGACUAGUACGUUUUAUUAGUUGAUUUGUUUGGGUUAAUAGGUAACACAUUAUUUCACAGCGGCGUCAUAAGGCUGCCAUAAGACCGUCAUAAUUAUGACAUGACACUAUCAUGGGCAUUAAUGAAUGCAGAUGUCAUUAAGUGUCAUCCAGCAAAUUAUGUCACUAACUCAAUUUAUGUCAAGCUUGGAUCUUUUACAUCCAUUCAAAAGUGAGAUAAUUUCGCAGAUGACACAAAAUGAUGUCCGUCAUAAGCAUUCCUUGUUGCUUAUGAAAGUGGCAUGUCAUAUUCAAUGGUCUACUCUUAUGACAGUCUUAUGUUAACACUGUCAAAUAAAGUGUGACCAAAUUCCAUAACUAGCAGUUAAUGAAACAACUACAGCAGUAACCGAAGAAUUAAUUAUAAUAUCUGGGAUAUAAAUAGGGAGCAGUGAUGGCCAAAUGAAACUUCAUGAAGCAAUAAUUCAUGGUGGUUAAUUUGGUCUUAUGAUAGUCAUGUGAUACCGCUGUCAAAUAAAGUGUUACCGGUUAAUAUCUUUUGGUGUAAAUAUCCCAUAAUACAAUGAGGACAGCUGUGGUUGAUAGUCCAUUGCGGCUUAUCUAUGAACAAAUUUUCAUGUCAAAUUUGGUGGGUGGCGGCUUAUAGUCAGGUGUGCCUUAUAGUGCGAAAAAUAUGGUAAAACAAAAACAGGCAUGUAUUUGCAUUCUUAAUACAAGUCACUGAAAGAUGGAAUAAAGAA